CGCCCCGCGUCCAGCCGCCGGCUGUGUGCGCCCGCGGAGCCCAGCGCCGCGCCUCGGCGCCCCCACGCGCCACGCAGCAGCGCGGGGACCGGGGCGGGGGCAGAGGGAGGGCCCGGCCAAGGGAGGGGAAGGGGCCGGUCCUCCCCGCGCAGGCAGCGGCCGCGGCAGCCCAGGAGGCGGAGGCAGCGGCAGCGGCAUAGACAGCAACGUGCCUGCCGCAGUCAGCCCGGCCGCGUCGGACCCGCGUCCGCCUACCCGCACCGCGCCGGGGCGCCCUCUCCACUGCGCCCGGUACAAGGAAAUGCUAGAACUAGUGAUCUCACCCAGCCUCACUGUAAACAGCGACUGUCUGGAUAAACUGAAGUUUAGCUGUGCUGACUCCGCCGCGGGGACUCAGAGUGACGGAAAAGGCAUCACCAAAUCUGCAGCCCUGAGAGUGUCCCAGCUUUUCACCCGACCUUGCCCAAGUGUCCUACCCAGCCAGCCUUCCACGGCCAUGGCAGCCUACGGCCAGACACAGUACAGCGCAGGGAUCCAGCAGGCUGCCUCCUACGCAGCAUACCCACCUCCAGCACAAGCCUACGGGAUCCCUUCUUACAGCAUCAAGACAGAAGACAGCUUGAACCAUUCCCCUGGCCAGAGUGGAUUCCUCAGCUAUGGCUCCAGCUUCAGCACCCCAUCCCCUGGACAGAGCCCAUACACCUACCAGAUGCACGGCACCACUGGGAUCUACCAAGGCACAAAUGGACUGACCAACACGGCUGGAUUCGGGAGCGUGCACCAGGACUACCCUUCCUACCCCGGCUUCCCUCAGAGCCAGUAUUCCCAGUAUUACAGCUCAUCCUACAGCCCGCCGUACGUCCCGGCCAGCAGCAUCUGCCCUUCACCCCUCUCCACAUCCACCUACGUCCUCCAGGAGGCACCUCACAACGUCCCCAGCCAGAGUUCUGAGUCGCUGGCCGGCGAAUACAAUGCGCACAACGGACCUUCCACACCAGCAAAAGAGGGAGACACAGACAGACCACAUCGGGCCUCAGACGGGAAGCUCCGAGGCCGCUCUAAGAGGAGCAGUGACCCCUCCCCAGCGGGGGACAGUGAGAUUGAGCGUGUGUUCGUGUGGGACUUGGAUGAGACAAUAAUUAUUUUUCACUCCUUACUCACGGGGACCUUUGCAUCCAGAUACGGGAAGGACACCACGACGUCUGUGCGCAUCGGCCUGAUGAUGGAAGAGAUGAUCUUCAACCUCGCAGAUACACAUCUCUUCUUCAAUGACCUGGAGGAUUGUGACCAGAUCCAUGUUGAUGACGUCUCGUCAGAUGACAACGGCCAAGACUUAAGCACAUAUAACUUCUCCGCCGAUGGCUUCCACAGCUCGGCCCCAGGAGCCAACCUGUGCCUGGGCUCUGGUGUCCACGGUGGUGUGGACUGGAUGAGGAAGCUGGCCUUCCGCUACCGGCGUGUGAAGGAGAUGUACAACACCUACAAGAACAACGUGGGCGGCUUGAUAGGAGCUCCCAAAAGAGAGACCUGGCUACAGCUCAGAGCCGAGCUGGAGGCUCUGACAGACCUCUGGCUGACCCACUCCCUGAAGGCACUAAACCUCAUCAACUCUCGGCCCAACUGUGUCAAUGUGCUGGUCACCACAACUCAGCUAAUUCCUGCCCUGGCCAAAGUUUUGCUGUAUGGCCUGGGUUCUGUGUUUCCUAUUGAGAACAUCUACAGUGCAACCAAGACAGGGAAGGAGAGCUGUUUCGAGCGGAUAAUGCAGAGAUUUGGCAGGAAAGCUGUCUACGUGGUGAUAGGCGACGGUGUGGAAGAGGAGCAAGGCGCAAAAAAGCACAACAUGCCUUUCUGGCGGAUAUCCUGCCACGCUGACCUGGAGGCACUGAGGCACGCCCUGGAACUGGAGUAUUUAUAGCAGAAUCAGCGACAUCUCCACCUGCCGAGACCCCCACCCAGGCCCCCUCGCCCUCCCUGCCGCCCCACCCAGAACUCCAAAGACCCAGAUGCCCUGGACACCAGGAAGGGUCCCACAGCCAAGAGGAUGUGUUCAAUGACUAUCUCAGAAGCUGUCCAUUUGGUCCAAACGAGGGUCCUGAGAAGCAAAGUACCCAACAUUGGCUUUGAAAUAUUUGACUUUGGGGAAAAGGGCUGGCGCCGAGUCCAAACUUCUUGCAGGACUCACAGAACAAAAGCAAGGAAUCGCUGACUUGAGAGAGGGCUGGUGAUGAGGAGGCGACGUGUUCUUUUUUUUUUUCUUUUUAAUUUAUGGACUAAUCUCAUUACUCCGGUAUUAUGCUCUUGUACCUGUGUUGCUGGUUUUCUUAGUCGUUGGUUUGGUUUUAUUUUUUAAACUGGCAUGUUGGGUGGCUCACGGUUCUAAUUGAAGCACUCUCUUCUCCAAGUUGUGCUUUGAGGGAUACAAUCAUUCUUUGAACGAGGGAGGCAGUCUGGGCUGUUGGGAAGACUAUUGCUUAUUUUUGUUUUUAAAGACCCUACUUGACGUCAUGCGGACAGUGCACGCGCCUUAUGUUGCCAUCUUGUUUUCUAGGAAGAGGGGGACGCUGGGCAGGAAGCAGUGCUUUGCGAUGGAUAAAAGGCAUUAAAUAAAACCACGUUUACAUUU